ACAGGGUUUCUCUGUAUUGUUUUGGAGGCUGUCCUGAAAUUUGUUAUUUAUUUUUAAGAAUUUAGAAUAUGCACUCAUGUGCAUUCCUGUCACUGUAUACUCAUGGAGGUCAGAAGUCAACUUGCCAGAGUCAUUUCUCCUCUACAUGUUGGUUCUGGGGAGUCAAACACAUGUCAUUAGGCUUGGCAGUAAGUGUCUUCACUGCUGAAUUGUCUUAUCAGCUCCACGUGUUUUCAAACCAAAACAGGGUCCCAGAGUGGUUUUGAACUCCUUGCAUAACAAGGAUGAACUUCUUCUGUUUUAUUUUUGAGACAGGGUUUGUCUUUUUUUUCUUCUUUCUUUCUUUCUUUUUAUUUUUUUCAAGACAGGGUUUCUCUGUGUAGACCUAGCUGUCCUGGAACUAGCUCUUGUAGACCAGUCUGGUCUUGAACUCAAAGAGAUCUAUCUGCUUCUGCCUCCUCAGUGUUAGGACAAAAGGCAUGUACUAUCACUGCCCAGCAAGAAAGGGUUUAUCUAUGCAACAGCUCUGACUGUCCUGGAACUUGAUCUUGUAGACCAGGCUGGCCUCAAAUUCACAGGGAUCCACCUGCCUCUGCCUCCCAAGUGCUGGGGCUAAAGGUAUGCACCACUACCACCUGGCUGAACUUGAACUUCUAGUUGUCCUGAUGGCACCUCCCCAUGCUGGGAUUACAGGCUGUAUUUAUAUCAGUUUGUAAUUUAUGAUAGAGGGAGAUGUGUGGUUUAAGUGCUAUCUUUGUACUAUGCUGCCUGGAUCUGUCUUCUGAUUUGGUUUCAGAAGCAAGAAAAGCUGAGGCAGGGGGAUGCCUCAGCAGGAAGAGGCCCUGACAGCUGUAUCUGUGGAUCUGAGUUUGGUCCCUGGGACCUGCAUGAUGGAGGAGAGAAAUGACACCUUUAGGAUGUCCUCUGGCCCAAUGGUGUUUCUGAGGCUGGCCUUGAACUCCUGGUCCCCCUGCUUCCACCUGUCAGAUGCUGGGACUCCCGGCCUGUGUCAGCACCCGGAGCCUCGCGGGGUACCUUUCCCCAGAGUGUUUCGUCCUGUGACUGCAACCUUUAGGGCUGGGUUAUUUAAAGUGUUCCUGAUUCCCUCAGUCUAAUGCCAAGUACGGAACCUCCAUAAUACCUAAUGUGGCAGCAAAACUUUGCAGCAGAAGGUGAUGUUUACAGAUCAAGACAGCCCAUGCAUAGCUGCGUAGUGAGUUCAAGGCCAGACUGGACUAUCGGAGACUCUGCCACAAAAACACAGACUAAGAGAAGGUGGCGCUUGCAGAUAGACCUGAGGAGGAUAAAGGAGGAGUGGGACUUUGUGGCGGAGUGCAGGAGGAAGGGCGUGCCCCAGGCACAAUACUGCAAGAACGGCUUUGUAGACACCAACACAAGGCUCCUGGACAAGAUAGAGAGGAACUCAGUCGCCAGGCAGAGGUCACGGGUCAAGGACAGAGACAAACGGAGCAAUCCAUUUGUGUUUGAGCUUUCAGGGGCUCAGUGGAAGGAGCUGCCUGAUUCGCUGAAGGAGCAGACACACCUCAAAGAAUGGCACAUUCACAGCACCCGGAUUCAGACCAUUCCUGCAUACAUCAAGCUGUUUCAAGCCAUGAAAAUUCUGGAUUUGCCAAAAAACCAAAUCACGUGUCUUCCAGCUGAAAUUGGUCGCUUGAAGAACCUGAAAGAACUCAAUGUGAGUUUCAACCAUCUGAGGAGUAUUCCCCCGGAGCUGGGAGACUGUGAGAAUCUAGAGAGACUGGACUGCUCUGGGAAUCUGGACCUGAUGGAGCUCCCCUUUGAAUUGAGUAAUUUGAAGCAAGUGACAUUUGUAGAUAUCUCAGCAAACAAGUUCUCCAGUGUACCCAUCUGUGUCCUGCGCAUGUGUCGUCUGCAGUGGUUGGAUAUCAGCAACAAUAAUCUGAGCGACCUGCCACAAGAUAUAGACAGGCUGGAAGAGCUGCAGAGCCUCCUCUUGUAUAAAAACAAGUUGACCUACCUCCCUCAAGCCAUGCUCAACCUGAAAAAGCUCACCUUACUGGUUGUCAGUGGGGAUGACCUGGUGGAGCUCCCGACUGCCCUCUGUGAUGCCUCCACACCUCUGAAAUUUAUAAGCCUUAUGGACAAUCCUAUUGAUAAGACCCAAUGUCAAGAUAUGGAUGAAACAAUAGAGAGUGAGCAGGACCGCCAGCAUUUUGAUAAAGAGUUCAUGAAAGCAUAUAUUGAAGAUCUUAGAGAAAGAGAAGCUGUUCCCAGUUACACCACCAAAGUGUCGUUCAGCCUUCAACUUUGACCUGAUCCACCCAAAGACCACAAAAUAUUACCGCCCUGUAUGCUACAUCUUUGUAUGUGUAUUAUAUCUUAUAGGAAUUGUAGUUUGUGCUGAAGGACAAAGUCUAGAAACUACCAUCAUCACUGUUAAGAAAAAUAAUUUUCAAAAUUCAAACACGGGAAGACUGAAUUUGCUUAUGUAUUAAUAUUAUUAGACACAUUUGCAUAUACCUGUUCUAAAUAAUGCACAUUUAAUAUUAUUAGACACAUUUGCAUAUACCUGUUCUAAAUAAUGCACAUUUAAUAUUAUUAGACACAUUUGCAUAUACCUGUUCUAAAUAAUGCACAUUUAAUAUUAUUAGACACAUUUGCAUAUACCUGUUCUAAAUAAUGCACAUUUAAUAUUUUAGGAAAUACAUUCUUUUUUUUUU